CUCAAACGCGGGAGCUUUAAAAUUUCCAUAAAUUGAGGAAAAACAUCUUGCUUGAUUCGGUUGUGUCGGUCUGAAUUCUGCAUUCAAAUUUAAUUUUUAUUUUGAGUGAUUUUGAGCUACGUAUAAACAAUAAAUUAAGAUUAUUUCGGAAUAAGUGAACAAAAAUGGAAGUUCUUGCAAGGAAAUUGGGUUUUAAUGAGGUGGUGAUGAACAAGGCUAGAGAAUUGGAGCGUCUUCUGGAAACUAAAAACUCAAACACAAACCGGAUUGAUGCGUCGCUGAAGGGUGUCGUCUGCCUUCAUAUUGCAGCCGACAUGAAAGGUGUCAAAAUUGAUAAGGACCUUGCUUCGAAGCUGUCCGGAACGAGCAAAAAAAAGUAUAGGACUCAAUUGUAUACUUUUGAGAAUAUGCUGCAGUUACAAAAGGUAAAUUCAAUAAAGGACAUGUGUCUCAAGCUGGGUUUGGCUGAGCUUUCAAACGAGGCUACCACUUUGAUGACAAAGUUUGAUCAGACGCAGGAAGAUGAAGAAGUGAAUCUGCCAAUGUACUUCGCAGGCGCAAUUUGGGUUGUGGCUAAGUCAAGGAAAGUGUCAAUUGAGAAGACAAAAAUCCUCGAGUUGGCCAGAACGGGUAAUUUGCCCACAUUUGAGGCUGUGGUGACAAUGAUGAAGAAGCUCCAUGAUACUAACAGCCUCCUCAGCAGUACCAAAAAGCCGAAAAGAAAACAUGCAUACCAAGAAAUCAUAGACAAUAUAAAUGAAAAAAAUGCUCAAGAAGAAUAUAAUAUGUCUGAAGACGAUGGUAGCGAUGAUGAAGAGUAUGAAGUGUGGCGCGAAAGAAUGAUAAACAUGGCCCGUGAGGAAAUCAAGCUUGCUUCCAAGAAAGCAAAAUAUGAAGCAGGCAAAAAAUAGAAAUUAAUCGUGUUGACUGAUGUGUACUGAACAUAAUGAUCAUUAAGUUGUGGAUUUUAAGAAACUUUAAAUUUAUUAUUUCAGCA